UUUAUUUUAUUUGAAAAUUUUUUUUGUCGUCUUAACAUGGAGUGUUACGAAAAGGUUGUGGUCUUUGUUGCUUUCUACCUGCUGUAUCCAAACUCGAGUUAGGGCCAGAAACAGGAUUAUAAUCAAGACUACCACGGACAACGAUGGCAGGUUUAGAUUACGUUCUCUUUGAAGAACCUACCGGUUACGCUGUCUUCAAAGUCAAGCUUCAGCAAGACAACAUUGGUUCAAGGUUGAAGGAUGUGCAAAAGGCAGCCAACGAUCUUGCUACUUUCUCCAAGAUCGUCGAACUCGUUUCCUUUGCUCCUUUCAAAGGUGCAGCACAGGCUUUGGAAAAUGCCAACGAUAUCAGUGAAGGUUUGGUCUCUGACUACUUGAAGUCUGUUAUCGAGCUUAACAUUCCAAAAGCAGACGAGCAGGUCAACCUGGGUAUCUCUGACAAGCAGUUGGGACCAUCCAUCAAAGAGUGUUUCCCAUACAUCGACUGUCACUCUAACGAGGUUGUUCAAGACAUAUUGAGAGGUAUCAGAUUGCACAGUGUGAAGCUAUUGAAGAACUUGCAGGAAGGUGAUAUUGAAAGAGCACAGUUAGGUCUAGGACAUGCUUACUCAAGAGCUAAGGUUAAGUUCUCAGUCCAAAAGAAUGACAAUCAUAUCAUACAAUCCAUUGCGUUAUUGGAUCAACUAGAUAAAGACAUCAACACCUACUCUAUGAGAGUGAAAGAAUGGUACGGUUGGCACUUCCCUGAGUUGGCCAAAAUAGUCAACGACAACCACACUUACUGUAAAUUGGUGCUUAUGAUUCAAAACAAGGCAAACAUAAACGACGAAAGCUUACAUGAAAUCGCAGCAUUGGUUAACGAUGAUGCCGGUUUAGCCCAAAAAAUUAUUGAUGCCGCCAAAAUGUCUAUGGGUCAAGACGUCUCCGAGUCUGAUAUGGAAAAUAUUCUCACCUUUGCCAGAAGAACGGACUCCAUUUCGAGCUACAGAAUCAACCUCUACAAGUAUUUGACUGACAAGAUGCACUUGGUUGCUCCAAACUUAUCCGAAUUGAUCGGUGAAGUUGUUGGUGCAAGAUUGAUUUCCCACGCUGGUUCCUUAACUAACUUGUCCAAGCAAGCUGCUUCUACUGUUCAAAUUUUGGGUGCCGAAAAGGCUUUGUUCAGAGCUUUGAAGACCAAGGGUAACACUCCAAAGUAUGGUUUGAUCUACCACUCCUCAUUCAUUGGUAAAGCCACACCAAAGAACAAGGGUAGAAUCUCAAGAUACUUGGCCAACAAGUGUUCUAUUGCAUCCAGAAUCGAUAACUUUAGCGAUGAUGCUAACAACAUCUUCGGUAAGGUUUUGAAGCAACAAGUCGAAGACAGAUUAGAAUUCUACACAAGCGGUAAGGCACCAAUGAAGAACGCUGACGCAAUCAGAGAAGCUUUGUCUUUAUCUGGAGCCAACGACUUGGUAGAGGAAAAGAAGAAGAAGAAGAAGUCCAAGGACUAAGCGCUCUCCCGUAGUAUCCACCUGUACCUCUAUUUUCUCCCUCAUAGCGAUAUACAUUAUAUACACAACAUAUACAUAUCAAAUACAAUACGUAAAAAAGAAACUCAUGUAGAAGCAUCAUCCGUUUCCCGUCCCCCAGGCCGGAUGGUGCUUACGUAACAGCACAAUG